UAUCCGUUGAGGCGAUCCUUUGUUGUCAAAGACUCCACCUCUUAAGUUGAGAGCAGCCUUCCUGGAGCACAGUCAGACAUCACAGAGCUGUGAUCAUACGCACCACGAUGAACCGGAGCCUGAUAACAGCUUUAAUUCUCUGCAGCAUCAGCUGGAUCUCUGUCUCAGGUUCUGAGUCUCUCACUGAGACUGUGGAGGGUCGGCCGGGUGGAGAAGUCACACUCACAUGCUCCAACAUGUCCAGCAGAGAGGCUCCAACAUUCUGGUUGAGAGUGGUCAACAGAACCAAGGCCAGCUGGAUCUCCACCAUGACCAGCUCUGCAGGCACUCCUUUAUACAGGGUUGGAAAUCAAGAUGGAAAAUUCCACAUGAGUAGCAACAUCUCCACUCUCUUUCUCCAAAUCAAACGAGUGGAUGUAUUUGACUCUGGACUGUAUUUAUGUGGAUUUUACAUCGGAGGACGUUUUAAUUCCAGCACAAUACACUUCAAUGUUAAAGGUAACGAUAAAUCUCGUGAUGAUGACGACAGGAAGUCUGAAAAGUCUGAUGGAACAGUAAACCUGAUGAGUUUGGUCCUGGGCGCUCUGACCGUUCUCCUCUUCAUGAUCAUCAUCGGUCUGGUUGUUAUAAUCAGGAAACUUCAGAAAGCUGCCAAUGAAGAACAGAAUCCACAACAGCCUGAGAACCGGGCACCUGAAGAGGUGAACUACGCAGCUGUGGCUUUCCGUCCAAAAACAAGAAGAACAAGAGAAGUUGAGCCCAAUGUUGUGUAUGCUUCUACUAGAUAGACCCAGGAUUACACCAGAUAAGCGGUUCCGACUAAAACUGAUGCUUUAUCAUAUUAAUCUGCAGAUGGUGGACAGGAGGACUGACCAUCACUGUCAAAAUAAGGACAAAAAUGCAACCUUCUUCCUAGUGCCCAGUUUGAAUUUGAAUCUCUUUUAAAGAUGUAAUUAGUGCACAUCAACAUGGAGAGAAGAUUUUGUAAAUAGCAGUGUGUCUAUUCUGGUAUAGGGAAUACAAUUCAAGAGAUACAGCAGCAAUCUAGUAUUACAUUUGACU